CCCGCGCGCUGCCUCCGCCUCCUUCGUCUGCCUCCACCCUCCACCCCCAUCCCCGCCUGACGGCAGCGAGCCCUCAGUCCGCCCGAGCUCCGGUUGUGGGCGCUGCACAAGUCCAAGGCGCCUCCUCCCGAUAUGGACAGCCGCUACACCAGCACUGCGGGCAUCGGGGACUUGAACCAGCUGAGCGCCGCCAUCCCGGCUACGCGGGUGGAGGUGUCCGUGUCCUGCAGGAAUCUUCUUGACAGAGACACAUUUUCUAAAUCUGAUCCGAUUUGUGUCUUAUAUGUACAAGGAGUUGGAAAUAAAGAAUGGAGAGAGUUUGGAAGAACUGAAGUAAUUGAUAAUACUUUAAACCCUGAUUUUGUAAGAAAGUUUAUUCUGGACUACUUUUUUGAAGAAAGAGAAAAUCUUCGUUUUGACUUGUAUGAUGUUGAUUCAAAGAGCCCUAACUUAUCCAAACAUGACUUUCUGGGACAAGUGUUUUGUACAUUGGGAGAGAUUGUUGGUUCACAGGGAAGUCGCCUGGAAAAACCAAUAGUAGGAAUUCCAGGGAAGAAAUGUGGUACAAUCAUACUUACAGCAGAAGAAUUAAACUGUUGCAGGGAUGCUGUUUUGAUGCAGUUUUGUGCAAACAAAUUGGAUAAGAAGGACUUCUUUGGAAAAUCAGAUCCUUUCCUUGUAUUUUAUCGAAGUAAUGAAGAUGGCAGUUUUACAAUUUGUCAUAAAACAGAAGUUGUCAAAAACACUCUGAAUCCGGUAUGGCAAGCAUUCAAGAUCUCAGUCAGAGCAUUAUGUAAUGGAGACUAUGACAGAACAAUCAAAGUAGAGGUGUAUGACUGGGAUCGAGAUGGGAGUCAUGAUUUCAUUGGGGAAUUUACAACAAGCUAUAGGGAACUUUCUAGAGGCCAAUCACAAUUCAACGUAUAUGAGGUGGUGAAUCCCAAAAAGAAAGGAAAAAAGAAAAAAUACACUAAUUCUGGAACAGUAACUUUACUCUCUUUCUUGGUAGAAACAGAAGUUUCAUUCCUCGACUACAUUAAGGGAGGAACGCAAAUCAAUUUCACAGUGGCUAUUGAUUUUACAGCAUCAAACGGCAACCCAGCUCAGCCCACUUCCCUCCACUACAUGAAUCCUUACCAGCUGAAUGCCUAUGGUAUGGCACUGAAAGCAGUGGGAGAAAUUGUUCAAGAUUAUGACAGUGAUAAAAUGUUUCCAGCUCUAGGUUUUGGUGCAAAACUGCCUCCAGAUGGAAGGAUAUCUCAUGAAUUUGCUUUGAAUGGGAACCCUCAAAACCCUUACUGUGAUGGCAUUGAAGGAGUCAUGGAGGCUUAUUACAGGAGUCUGAAAUCUGUACAACUAUAUGGGCCCACCAACUUUGCUCCUGUAAUUAAUCACGUAGCAAGAUAUGCUUCUUCUGUAAAGGAUGGCUCCCAGUAUUUUGUGCUUCUGAUUGUUACAGAUGGUGUUAUCUCAGAUAUGGCCCAGACUAAGGAGUCCAUAGUUAACGCCUCAAAACUUCCAAUGUCAAUAAUUAUAGUAGGUGUUGGACCAGCAGAAUUUGAUGCAAUGGUUGAAUUGGAUGGAGAUGAUGUAAGAGUCUCCUCUAGAGGAAAAUAUGCUGAAAGAGACAUUGUUCAGUUUGUGCCAUUCAGGGAUUAUAUUGACAGAAGCGGAAACCAUAUACUGAGCAUGGCUAGAUUGGCUAAAGACGUCCUAGCUGAGAUCCCUGAACAGUUUCUCUCCUAUAUGAGAGCCCGAGGAAUCAAGCCAUCACCUGCGCCUCCCCCAUACACCCCACCUACACAUGUGUUACAGACUCAAAUAUGACUGCACUCUCAAUUGCUAAUGUCAACGACACAUCAGUUAGAACUGCUGAGUUAAUGCUUUGUGCCUGGUGCUCUGUAAUGAACCAGGUAAUGGGAUACUUUUCUCAGUUUGGUUUCAGCAGUACUGGUUAAUGUGCUUUCUUGGAUCCAAAAUUAAUUCUCUUCCUAAACCAAAACUGUAAAUAUGGUUGUUGCAUGAGCAACAGAAAAAUUGUUUAAAUGCUUGAAGCAGAGUAUGGAUGUCUUACCUAAUUUUUUUUUUUCUUUUGGACAGACACAGCUAAUUUCCAAUGCACUGUUGGGAAAAAGCACAAACUAUGUUUUUAACUCAAAUAUUGUCUUUGACUGCUACGUGUAUAGGACAGCAGUCUCUGUAUCAAUGUUUACAUGUUACUACUUUUUACAUUUCAAUACUUUUGUAACUGUUCUUAAGAAUAAAAGUUUUGAAUACUAAAUCCUUUGUCUUCUAAAUUGCAAUAGCUAUAAUCACAAGAGCAAUAUCUCUUUGAAUGACUGUCUGGACAAACACAGUUGCAAAUAAGGGAAGGGAAAAAUGCUUUUAUAUUUUCUCAGUAACUGGAUUGUCUUAAGAAGCCACAUCUGCUUAAUAAUCAGUUUCUCAGCAAUGUUUGCUGAGUUUGGGGAGUUAAGCCUGGCAGAUGUGUCUCCUGGUUGGACAUGCAUUUUUCAUGGAGUUUGGUUUCUAAAUUUAGACUGCAGCUGGUUUGUGUUUCAUAACACUAAGGAGAAAUUACAAAAAGUCAAACAUUGUGAUCUAUAAAUGCACAGAAAAUGCUUUGUAAAAAGUAGCAUCCUUAGAUAAUAAUGCUAUUUAGAAAGCCUGAAACCAAGAAUAUUUAACUGUGAACCAUGUCACAGAUGUUUUAAACUUUUUAUUCCAUUAUAUCUUGUCUAGAUAUUUUAAUUCAAAGGGAUACUGGCUCUCUUGAUUGGGAUUUCUGGUUAUCACCAUUCCACGUUGCCACGCAAGGUGCACAGGCUGGAAGUCUUUUGAGAAAUUACCAGUUAAAUAAAUAUAUACAACUGUGUGACUUAGUGCACAACACAUUUGUGAAAUAAACUACUCCUAUAUACUGACCUGCCUGUCCACAGUUAAUUGUAAAGAGUUUUUGCAUGUACAGUUUUUAUAAGAAUUACAGUUUUGUGAAGUUGUGUCUAAAUUAAAGCAUUUCUUUAGAACAAAUGGCCUUAAAUUCUCACAGAAUUCCUGGAAAUGAUUGUGAAUUGCCUUCAAAUAAUAGAAAAGUGUAUUUAUUUAUGUGUGUGUAUGUAUGUAACUGCUUUAUAAUAUUUUUUCCUUACCUAUAUAUCCUAUUUAAUACUUGGUUUAUUUCUACUGUACAUUGUUUUCUUUGUCCCAAGUUGACCUAGGAUGACUUUUAUAAGCAUGAAACUAUUUUACUGGAAAGAAAAAUAUGUACAUCCACAUAUCUAACAGUAUCAAUGUGACAUAACUAUGUAAUACUCAACUGUCGAUUUUUAAUUAUGUAUUAAAAUCUUUAAAUCAUGACUGUUUGCUUUGUACAUUUUAUGUAUGAAUUACAAUGGAGUUUGAUGGUUUCCUUUACUGAUCUUAAAUAUUUAUGCCAUUACAAUGUAUUAACCUACAGAUUUUAAAAUUUACCUUUAUUGAUCAACCCAAAGACACAAAAAUAAAUAAGAUCAGUAUUAUUUUCUUGUCAAA